CCUCCUUAAAACCCCGCGCGCAGCACGCGCCUUGACCACUCCCGCCCAUCUCCUCUCCGCGACACGACCAAGCGGACGCCCCGAGGGAGCCCGCCCAGAGCCAGACAAACCAGCCCAUACACAAGAGCCGGGACAGGAAGAGAGCCCAUCGACGGCCAUGGCGAUGGGCGCCGAGGCCGGCGGCGGCGGCGCGCGGCGGCGCGGGUGCGCGUGCGCCAAGGCGGACUUCUUCCCGGAGGAGUCGUUCUCGAGCUGGGCGGCGUACGGGCGCGCGCUGCGGAGCACGGGGCCGCGGCUGGCGGACCGCCUCACGUCGCGCUCCCUGGAGGCCACGGAGCUGCACGAGGUGCGCGCGCGGAGCGGCGCCGACAUGAAGCGCGACCUCACCUGGUGGGACCUGGCCUGGUUCGGCGUGGGCGCCGUCAUCGGCGCCGGCAUCUUCGUGCUCACGGGGCAGGAGGCCAAGGAGGUGGCCGGCCCCGCCGUCGUCGUCUCCGGCGUCUCCGCCAUGCUCUCCGUCUUCUGCUACACCGAGUUCGCCGUCGAGAUACCCGUCGCAGGCGGUUCGUUCGCGUACCUCCGGGUGGAGCUGGGCGACUUCAUGGCGUUCGUGGCGGCGGGCAACAUCCUCCUCGAGUACUGCAUCGGCGGCGCGGCGGUGGCGCGCGCCUGGACCUCCUACUUCGCCACGCUGCUCAACCACCAGCCCGGCGACUUCCGCAUCCACGCCCCCGCCCUCUCCCCCCACUACUCCGAGCUCGACCCCAUCGCCGUCGUGGUCAUCACGCUCAUCUGCGCCCUCGCCGUCCUCAGCACCAAGGGCUCCUCUCGCUUCAACUACCUCCUCUCCAUCCUCCACCUCGCCGUCAUCGCCUUCAUCAUCGUCGCCGGCCUCACCAAGGCCGACACGUCCAACAUGCGCGACUUCACGCCCUUCGGCACCCGCGGCAUCUUCGCCGCCUCAGCCGUCCUCUUCUUCGCCUACAUCGGCUUCGACGCCGUCAGCACCAUGGCCGAGGAGACCAGGAACCCCGCCCGCGACAUCCCCAUCGGCCUCGUGGGGUCCAUGGCCGUCACCACCGCGCUCUACUGCGUGCUCGCCGUCACGCUGUGCCUCAUGCAGCCCUACGGCGCCAUCGACAAGGACGCGCCCUUCUCCGUCGCCUUCGCCGACCGGGGCAUGGACUGGGCCAAGUACGUCGUCGCCUUCGGCGCGCUCAAGGGGAUGACCACCGUGCUGCUCGUCAGCGCCGUCGGCCAGGCGCGCUACCUCACGCACAUCGCCCGCACGCACAUGAUGCCGCCCUGGCUCGCGCAGGUGCACCCCAGGACCGGCACGCCCGUCAACGCCACCGUCGUCAUGCUCCUCGCCACCGCCGUCAUCGCCUUCUUCACCGACCUCGGCAUCCUCGCCAACCUCCUCUCCAUCUCCACGCUCUUCAUCUUCAUGCUCGUCGCCGUCGCGCUGCUCGUCCGCCGCUACUACGUCACCGGCGAGACCACCGCCGCCGACCGCAACAAGCUCGUGGCCUGCAUCGCCGCCAUCCUGGCCACGUCCGUGGCGACGGCCACGUGCUGGGGCCUGAACGUGGACGGGUGGGUGCCGUACGCGGUGACGGUGCCGGCGUGGCUGGCGUCGACGGUGUGCCUGUGGGCGCUGGUGCCGCAGGCGAGGACGCCCAAGCUGUGGGGGGCGCCGCUGGUGCCGUGGCUGCCGUCGGCGUCCAUCGCCAUCAACAUCUUCCUGCUGGGCUCCAUCGACGCCAAGUCGUUCGAGAGGUUCGGGAUAUGGAGCGCCGCGCUGCUCGUCUACUACCUCUUCGUCGGCCUGCACGCCUCCUACGACGAGGCCAAGGCGAUCGCCGCGGAGGCCCGCGCCGGCAAGGUGGAGGACGGGGACGCUGGGCAGAUGGCGCCGCCGACCAACGGCAAGUGAUACUAGAUAUCAUCAGCGCGCGGUUCGUCGCCCCAUACAUAAGACGUGAAAUUGUGAAUCAUAGUGGGAUUGUAUAGUAGAGUGUGUCAGUAUGAUAUGCACAUGCACCAUCGACCAGAACCUACUCGAGUACCCGUGGAAUUGCAACCGUGUGACAAGUUUAUGUUAGGAUGACAAGGUAAAUCUCCUAAAA